UGAUCUGGUCACCAUCUACCCGGGCGCUGUGCUGUUCACAUUCACUCUGUCUUAGUCUAUGCCUUGUAACACUACUAUGUACUGCACCAUGAGCACCACAAGCCCAAAACAGCUCGUAGACGAGUUCAAAAAGUCAGGAGAGUUUGAUCGGCUGCGAAGAGAACUCCUGUCUCAGUUUCAGCACAACGACAGAAUCACUGCUUUCAAGUCCCGCAUAGAGGAUAUCGCGCGACAGCGGCUAGCCUCUGACUCCAAACUCAUACAUAUGCCCCAUGACGCCGUUCACCGUGAACUCAUGGGCGAAAUAGAUAGGUACCCAAUCGUCGAGCGAGCAGUUGCAGAGGCGCCGUUGUUAUCGGAGGCGGACUUCGUUGCCAAUAUCCGUACUUCCAUCGAGCGCAUUCUAGGCGAAAUCAAAGGCCGCGAAAACUCUGGUUCUGCUGACCUGACGAAAGAGGAUGCCAGCAAGGCUGCUCCAGUAGCCAAGCUCGCUCUCCCAAAUGGCGAUAUUGCGGAGACUCGACGGCACUGAGUUUUCCUUCUCUGGUGGUUCUUCUUGCUCGGUAUCCCUGGAGGGCACAUUUUCUGCCCAGUAGUUCCAGAAGUCGGACGGCUAUUCCUAUCACCAUCGAAAACGUGACAAAGAAGAUACCAUAUCGUACC